GCCGCGCUAAGGCCCAUUGGCUUGCCCAAGAUGGCCGCCCUGGAGGAGGAAUUCACGCUGUCCGCGGUGCAUCUGGCUGCCGGGCCCGACGGGCUGCUCGGCGUGGAGCCGAGCGACAAGGCAGACCAGUUCCUAGUGACGGACGGCGGCAGGACCGUCAUCCUUUACAAGGUUUCUGAUCAGAAACCCUUGGGAAGCUGGUCAGUGAAGCAAGGCCAGAGUAUAACAGUUCCAGCUGUGUGCAAUUUUCAAACUGGAGAGUUUAUUGUUGUACAUGAUAAUAAGGUUUUGAGAAUAUGGAAUAAUGAAGAUGUAAACUUGGAUAAGGUAUUUAAAGCUACGUUGUCUGCUGAGGUCUAUAAGAUACACUCAAUACAGGGGACAGAGCCAUUGGUACUUUUCAAGGAAGGUGCCGUUCGUGGUUUAGAGGCCUUGCUUGCAGAACCCCAGCAGAAAAUCGAAGCUGUGAUCUCUGAUGAAGAAGUGAUAAAGUGGACUAAGAUCUUCAUGGUAUUUAAGCAUCCUGUUUUAAUUUUUAUUACUGAAAAACAUGGAACUUAUUUUGCUUAUGUGCAGACGUUUAACACAAAUACGUUAAACAAAUAUCAACUCUUACUUGAACAAGAAAAGGAAUCUGUUAUACAGAGUUUCAGCGCAUAUAUGGACUGGAAGUUUAUCUCUUUGAUGUCAUUAUGCGCUGAUGGGUGUAUAUAUGAAGCCUUGGUACCAUUGCAUCCGAGUGACCCAGGAGAGAGUGAGCGGGUCGUUAGGUCGCUGGUGCUUAAGGAUGUCGUGCCCUGUAGUCCUCGAAGUGGCCCUGCCCUCGCCAUCCUGGACCACAACCAUGUAGCAGUGCUGGGACCAACAGCCCCAGCAACUAAAGACUGCCUCUCCAUAUGGAACACAAAAUUCCAGACACUACAGACUUCAAAAGAGUUACCACAAGGCACCAGCGGUCAACUCUGGUAUUACGGAGAAAAUUUAUUCAUGCUGCAUGGAAAAUUUCUGACUGUGAUUCCAUAUAAGUGUGAAGUGUCCUCACUAGCUGGUGCCCUUGGCAAACUCAAGCAUAGUCAGGAAUCAGGUUCUUAUACUGUGCCCCAUUUUGUGAAUUGGGAGACACCUCAUCUAAACGAAGACAGGUCCCAGAACUCUGAACAGUCCAAGAGAACUCUGAGGAGGAGAAAAGCCGAAACAAGUGUACAGCCAGAGGCUUCAGCAUCUAAACAACUUCUAUCCACUAUAAAGAAAGACUCUGAAAAGCACAUUGAAGUGGAACUGCGCAAGUUCUUAGCUACGAAGCGGACACCUGAUUUUCAUACUGUAAUUGGAGACAUCAUCACAGCGCUUCUGGAAAGAUGUAAAACAGAAUCAUCAUUUUAUCCCCGGAACUGUCUGAUACAGCUUAUCCAAACCCAUGUGCUAUCUUACAGCUUAUGCCCUGGCCUCCUGGCAGCCGCCAUAGAAAGAACCGAUGUGCAGAUCCUACAGCUCUGUCUCCAGCACUUCCCUGACAUCCCCGAGUCAGCCACCUGUGCCUGCUUAAAAAUCUUUUUGAGUAUCAGUGAUGACAGUCUCCAAGAGAUAGACAUCAAUGUGGAGUCUGUGUCUGACUAUAUUGAUGCUGUCCACAAGGAGAAGAUGGAGCAGCAACCUGAAAUUCUACAGAACGGUUUUACACCUGAGGAAGACAAUUGUGAAAAAUGUGAUCUGGACUUAGAUGAGAAGCCUCAGGACCCAAGGGAGGAGGCUACCUCGUGCCCUGUUGUGCCUAAGAGAGCAGCUCUACUUAAUGCAGUUCUUCAUUCUGCAUACAGUGAAGCCUUCCUUCUGUCACACUUGAAAGACAUCCCAGCCCAGCAUAUCACUCUCUUUCUCCAUUAUUUGUAUUUCUUGUACCUCAAAUGCAAUGAAAAUGCUACUAUGACGCUCCCUGGAAUCCACCCUCCAACCCUGAACCAGAUUAUGGAUUGGAUAUGCCUUCUGCUAGAUGCUAAUUUUACUGUUGUGGUGAUGAUACCAGAAGCAAAAAGAUUAUUGUUAAAUCUUUACAAGUUUGUGAAAUCCCAGAUAUGCAUUUGUUCUGAACUAAACAAGAUUGAAGUAAGUUUCCGUGAACUUCAGAAACUGAAUCGGGAGAAGACUAGUCAAGAACUUUAUUCCAUUGAAGUGCUCGAACUCUUCUGACAACCCCGAGAUGCUCCUGUUAGGCUUUAUUCUCAGCAACUGUGCAGGGCCCUCUUUUGACAGUCAUAGUGCCCCCACGGAGGGCCCCUGCAGAGCCUGUUACAGUUUAUGGACUAAGGGGGACCCAUUCUGGAACUCUGAAAAAAUGUCUAAUUUUAAGUAAACUUAUUUGUUUAUUGAUAAAA